AUGGCAACACUAUCAAUCGAGGUGAUUAUGUGGGUACAAAAAUUCGAGGCGGAACCCGUGAAGGAGAGGUCAGUGGACGAGAUUAUUACAGACCAGCAACGCGCGGCAGAAGCAGGUGUCAAAAACCCGCCAAAAGUUUUAUUCGAAAAAAAGAAUAUCAAAAUGGUAGCACAUAAUCCAGGCACUUUCGAGAUCAAUAGCGAAAGGACUAAAGAGCGAUAUGCCUUUUGG